AUGUUCGUAUCUUCUUUUUCUCUUCUAGUGGCCGGGACGGUUCUCUGUUGCAUCUCAGCGACUCUAGCGGUGGAGAUUAAUGGGCUCGGUGGGGUUCAGCAAUCUUGGGAUCCUAGGCCCUUGGAGGAGAAAGUCGAUGACUGUUCGAAUAGCACACAUCGAUGGCAUUCACUCCAGGGUAGUUGUUUCAACGAGAAAGGUGGUGUAAUACCAUAUACACCUCUACUUUCCAAACGUAGCUCCUUCGGCAACUAUCUUGAUUUGGUCGGGCUCCACCCCCGGGAUAUUUGCGGGCCUGGUGAGACUACUUGCUGGGCGGUUAGCUGUUGCCGAACAGGUGAGAUAUGUGGUUCUUUUGGCGGAGGUUGUAAAGUCUCCUGGAGUACGAUUUAUUCUACGACGAUAACCACAUCCUGGUCAACAGUGACUUCUUGGGUUCUUCCUAGGACGGAGGAUGUGGAUUAUACUACCAUAACAGUUAAUACAACCAUUUAUACGACAGUGUUUAAUCCCAUUACCUUGCCCGGGGAAGGGGAGAACGCUGUUCUCGACACAAAUAUAAUAGUCUCAACGACUCUCGUGCUAUCAGCUUAUACACCUCCAGCUGUUACUAAGACAGAGAUGGUUACAAGGACUCAGCAACCUGAAGCGGAGGUCACCCCUCCUCAGUUGAUGGCACGGGAAACUGGAGCUAUUUUACCGAGAGCGAAGGAGAUCCCGAGAAGGUGGGAGGGGAUAAGUUAUACAACGUUAACGGUGUUUGUUACUACCUUUUUCACGACGAGUACGACUGCUACGUUGGAGAAUACAGUCGUGGGAGUUACGGAGACAAAUACAAUUUCCUUUAUCGCGACCCAAAAUCAAACGCAUUUUGAGACACCUACGGGGUUUACGACUAUGAUUAUCACACAGAUGGAUACCUCGACGUCAUAUGCCUAUGGAACCGUGGAUACACCAACGCAGGUUCUCUAUGUUACUACUUUUGUGCCAGCUUUUGCAGAGGAGGCAGGUAGAUAUGGGUUAACGGGGACGGCAGUGCCUUCUUCUGGAGGUGCACGACAAUUUUCGGCGGGUGAGAUAGCUGGUCUCGUUAUCGGUUUGAUAUCUGCUGCUAUUCUAAUAGUGGUCGGUAUCGUCCUGAUUAGACGCCGCGGGGAAACCGAAUCUUCAAGAGCGUCAGCGAGCACCCGUAGGCGAAAUAUCUUCGACCGUAAUUCUUCUAGUCCAAACCCGGGAGUACCUGCCACUAUUCUUCCAAAGACGGCCAUGAGGAGGUUUUCACAUUCGGAAUUCACAGACCCUAACGCGGAUAGAGUUUCCGGGUCCCCGAUAUCUGAGCUAUUCUUUUCUGGAUUGAAUAUGACGGACGAGAAUAAGUAUAGCCGAAGCCAUGGCGUGGGAGGAUCGAGGCUAUCUAGGGGUAGUAGGGGAUCUGUACUGUCUUCAGUGUCUCCUGUUCCUGAAGAAUAUAUUUUGCCUGAGGCACCAGCGAAGAGCGCACCAAUUAGGAAUAGUAUGGAUGGGAGGAACUGGGGGAGGGGGUACGGUGGUAGGGGAGGAUAUAAUAACGUUAGGAAUCGUGAUCGCAAUACGACUUUGUCAGAUUUCGGGGCCAUGAUCUAG